AUGCCAGGAUUCGCUCAGGCCAACGAGCUGCCGGCAUGGAAGUCGUUGAUGGAGCAUCAUGACAAGCUGGGCCGCGGAAUGGUCCUCAAGUCGGAGUUCGAGAAGGACCCCCAGCGCUUCCAGAAAUACAGCCGCACCUUCAAGAACGACGCCGACAACUCAGAGAUCCUCUUCGACUUCAGCAAGAACUUCCUCACCGAGGAGACCCUCCCGCUGCUGGUCAGGCUGGCCCAGGAGGCCAAGCUCGAGGAGCUGCGCGAUGACAUGUUCAAGGGCGAGAAGAUCAACUUCACCGAGAAACGCGCUGUCUACCACGUCGCCCUGCGAAACGUCAAGAAGGAGCCCAUGCAGGUCGAUGGCAAGAGCGUGGUUGAGGAGGUCGACGGUGUGCUGGAGCACAUGAAGGAGUUCUCCGAGCAAGUCCGCAGUGGAGAGUGGAAAGGAUACACUGGCAGGCCCAUCGACACCAUCGUCAACAUUGGUAUUGGCGGUUCAGAUCUCGGCCCAGUCAUGGUGACCGAAGCGCUGAAGCCAUACGGAAAGCAGGGCUACAAGCUGCACUUCGUCAGCAACAUCGACGGCACCCACUUGGCUGAGGCUCUCAAGGACAGCAACCCAGAGACCACUCUCUUCCUGAUCGCCUCCAAGACCUUCACUACUGCCGAGACCACCACCAACGCAACAUCCGCAAAGAAGUGGUUCCUGCAGAGCGCCAAGGAGAGCGACAUUGCAAAACAUUUCGUCGCUCUUUCCACCAACGACAAGGAGGUUGCCAAGUUUGGCAUUGACACCAAGAACAUGUUCGGCUUCAACGACUGGGUAGGUGGUCGUUACUCCGUCUGGUCAGCCAUUGGCCUGUCUGUCGCCCUGUACAUUGGCUUCGACAAUUUCCACCAAUUCCUUGCUGGCGCCCAGGCUAUGGACCACCACUUCAAGACCGCACCGCUCGAACAGAACAUCCCAGUCAUUGGUGGUCUUUUGAGCGUGUGGUACUCCGACUUCUUCGGCGCCCAGACACAUCUUGUUGCACCCUUCGAUCAGUACAUGCACCGGUUCCCAGCCUACCUCCAGCAGCUGUCCAUGGAGUCCAACGGCAAGGCCAUCACCCGCAGCGGCGACUACGUCAAGUACACCACCGGUGCUAUCCUCUUCGGCGAGCCAGCCACCAACGCACAGCACUCCUUCUUCCAGCUCCUCCACCAAGGCACCAAGCUCAUCCCAACCGACUUCAUCCUCGCCGCCCAAUCACACAACCCCAUCGAGAACAACAAGCACCAGAUCAUGCUUGCAUCCAACUACUUUGCACAAGCUGAGGCCCUCAUGAUCGGCAAAACCCCUGAUACCGUUAAGAACGAGGGUGCCGCCGACGAGCUCGUCCCACACAAGGUGUUCUUGGGCAACCGUCCAACCACCAGCAUCCUUGCACAGAAGAUCACCCCCGGCACGCUCGGUGCCCUCAUCGCAUACUACGAACACGUUACCUUCACUGAGGGCGCCAUCUGGAACAUCAACAGCUUCGACCAGUGGGGUGUGGAGCUCGGCAAGGCCCUGGCCAAGAGCAUUCAGUCUGAGCUGGAUACUCCAGGCGAGAGCACCAAGCACGACAGCAGCACGAGCGGGCUGAUCAACGCGUUCAAGAAGUUGGGCAAUGUGCAGUGA